CCGACGGGGGUGCGGCUCCAGGAAACGGCGCGCUCGCCGCUCAGCGCUCCAGCGACCCGACGCGCCCCAGACGACCCCGCCGAGGCGGCCAGAUCACCGGCGGGCCCCUGCGGCGGCCGCGGCGGAAAGAGCGGCCCCGGAUCCCGCGCCUCGGACCCCUCCGCACGGACGGGGCGGGCGGCGCGGAUAGGAUCCUGGAGGCCAUGGGGACCUGGGCCGGGCCAGCGGUCGCGGACUAGCGGGAGUCCCGGGUCUGAGGAGCGGGCGGCGGAGGCGGCGGGGCCAUGACCUCAGUGUGGAAGCGCUUGCAGCGCGUGGGCAAGCGGGCCGCCAAAUUCCAGUUUGUGGCCUGUUACCACGAGCUGGUGGUGGAGUGCACCAAGAAAUGGCAACCGGAUAAGCUGGUGGUAGUGUGGACCCGGCGGAACCGACGCAUCUGCUCCAAGGCCCAUAGCUGGCAGCCGGGCAUCCAGAACCCAUACCGGGGCACCGUGGUGUGGAUGGUACCUGAGAAUGUGGACAUCUCUGUAACCCUGUACCGGGACCCCCAUGUGGAUCAGUAUGAGGCCAAAGAGUGGACGUUCAUCAUUGAGAAUGAGUCCAAGGGGCAGCGGAAGGUGCUGGCCACGGCCGAGGUGGACCUGGCCCGCCACGCAGGGCCCGUGCCAACCCAGGUCCCGCUGCGGCUGCGGCUGAAGCCCAAGUCAGUGAAGGUGGUACAGGCCGAGCUAAGCCUCACUCUGUCCGGGGUGCUGCUGCGGGAGGGCCGUGCCACGGAUGAUGACAUGCAGAGCCUUGCGAGCCUCAUGAGCAUGAAACCUAGUGACGUGGGCAACUUGGAUGACUUUGCCGAGAGCGACGAGGAGGAGGCCAAUGGUCCAGGAGCCCUGGAGGCACGGGCACGUGUCCCCCAGCCAGGCCCAGGCAGUGCCCUGAGGCUGGGGCAUUUCCCAGAGACCCCUCGGGAGCUGAAGACACUUUGUGAGGAGGAGGAAGAGGGCCGACUGCGGCCUUGGCAGGCAGCUGCCAGCCCUUCUAGUGCUGAGGAUACCAGCCCAGCCUCUGUGAGUGCCCCUGCACCCCCAGCCAGGGCUUCACGGGGCCAGGGCUCAGAACCAGCUACUGUAGCAGGGGGCCAGGUAGGGCUCAAGGCCCCAAGGCCCCCUGGAACCCUGCCAGAGACAAGGUCCUCAAGACAGCCAGGCCAGGACGUGGCCCCCACUCCAGCCCCUCGGCUCCAGAAAGGCUCUGAUGCCCCUUGGCCCCCAGUCCACCAAGGAGAGGAUGAGGCCCCCAAAGCCUCCAGGGCUCCCCCAGCAGGAGUGGAUUCUGCUGUGGAGACCCAGGCUCGGGCAAGCCCUCAGGAAGGGACAGAGGCCCAGGGAGCUGGGCUGGGCCCAGGCAUUGAGAACAGAGACUCCAGCAACUCUUUGGAAGGGCAGAAACCCAAGGUUGAGGAGGGGCCCGCUGGAGACAGGGCAGAGGCUAGUGGGGUGGAUACUGGGCAUGGGCCAGGAGUCAGAGAGGUGAACAGUCAGAGGUCAGUGGUCAGACCUGGGGAGGUUGAAGAGAGUUUAGAGAUCGGUCACGUGGAUGUGGAGCAGAGGUCAAAGGUGAAACCUGUGGACACUAAGGGACCAGAGGCCACAGAAAUGACAUCUGAGGCAAGAUUCAAGGGGACUCCCGAGGCUCCUCCAAGGGGCUCUCAGGGGAGAAUAGGGGUCAAGACCAGGGAUGAAGCUCCCACAGUCUUGAGCCCAACGCCAGCAGAGCCUGAGUGGCAUUCCAGGCAUCUUGGUGACCAGGUGGCCAGGGCUGCUGCAGGCCAGGAGAGAGAGUGUGCAGAGGUGAGGGGCAGAGCCCCCGGUGUUGGGGGGACAGGCCUGGAGCAGGGGCCCUCUGCUGGAGCACCAAGCGCUGGGCCCCAGGUGAGCUGGUACGAGGGGCCCCUAACAGCAGCUGAACAAGGGGUGAUGUCCAGGGAUCUGAGGGCCUGGGAGGUAGAAACUGGGGAUUCGAGGGUCCUGGGGACAGAGCCUGGGGUGGCAGAGUCAGAGUUAUCGGGGACCCAGGAGAUCUCAGGGUCCCCAGAGAUAGUGUCUGAGGCAGCAGAAGCGAAGACCUUGGGGACCCAGGAGACAGAGGCAGUGAGAUCGGGGGUCCUGGAGUCAGAGACUGCUGAGAUGGCAGAGUCUGAGGAUCUAGAGAUCCAGAAAACAGGGACAAGCAUUUCAGGGGCCUCAGGGACAGAGGGUGGGACGGCAGAGUGUAAGGCACUGGGGAUCCAGGAAACAGAGGCUGGGGGCUCAGGAGUUCUGGGGACAGAGACUGGGAUGUCGGAAACUGAGAUGUUAGGGACCCAGGAGAUAUCUGGGUGCUCAGGGAUACAGAGAAAGGAAGCUGAGACAGCAGAGUCUGAAAUACUUGGGGCCCAGGACACAGAAGUGGGGUGUUCAGGGGUCUCAGAGAUAAAAUCCAAGAUAACAGGGAGCCAGGAGACAGAGGUAGGGAGGUCAGGUGUCCCAGGGACAGAGACUGAGGUAGCAGAAGCUGAGAUACUGGAGAUCCAGGGGAUUGAAGCUGGGGGUUCAGGGCCCCCAGAGAUGGAGACUGAGACCCUGAGGACCUGGGAGACAGAGGUGGGGGGCUCAGGGGCCCCAGAGAUGGACACUGAGACCCUGAGGACCCAGGAGACAGAGGUAGGAGGCUCAGGGCCCCCAGAGAUGGAGACUGAGACCCUGAGGACCCGGGAGACAGAGGUGGGGGGCUCAGGGGCCCCAGAGAUGGACACUGAGACCCUGAGGACCCGGGAGACAGAGGUGGGGGGCUCAGGGGCCCCAGAGAUGGACACUGAGACCCUGAGGACCCGGGAGACAGAGGUGGGGGGCUCAGGGGCCCCAGAGAUGGACACUGAGACCCUGAGGACCCGGGAGACAGAGGUGGGGGGCUCAGGGGCCCCAGAGAUGGACACUGAGACCCUGAGGACCCGGGAGACAGAGGUGGGGGGCUCAGGGGCCCCAGAGAUGGACACUGAGACCCUGAGGACCCGGGAGACAGAGGUGGGGGGCUCAGGGCCCCCAGAGAUGGACACUGAGACCCUGAGGACCCAGGAGACAGAGGUGGGGGGCUCAGGAGCCCCAGAGAUGGACACUGAGACCCUGAGGACCCAGGAGACAGAGGUGAGGAGCUCAGGGUUCUCAGGGUCAGAGGCUGGAAUGGCAGAGGGUGAGGAACUAGGGAAUCAACAGACAGAAACUACAGUUUUAGAGGCGGAGAAGGGAAAGGCUCGGACUUCCGGGGUCCAGGAGGCAGAGACUGGACUUGGGGAGACCCUCAAAUAUGAGGCUUUAGGGGUCCCAGUCGUAAAGCAUGAAGUUUCAGAAUCCCAAGGAACAGAGGCAGAAACUACAGUUUCAAGGGGCCAGGAGGCGGAGACUGGGAUUUGGGGGGUUUCAGAGGCCAAGUCUGGGGUUUGGGGGGCCAAGGAAGCAGAGGUGGAAGUUUCAGGGGCUUCAGAAAACCCAUCUGGUAUUUUUGAGGCCCAGGAAGCAGAGGCUGGGGUCUCAGGAGCCGAGAAGGGAAAAGAAGCUGAGGGAAACCUCCCAGAGGCCAGCCUGAUGGAGGUGCAGGUGGCCAGUGGGGCAGGGGCUGAGAUGUCCAGGCCCUCCGGGGCCUCUUCCCCAGAGGAGCCUGAAGAGGACAGGAGGCUGCCGGGCAGCCAGGCACCACCUGCCCAGGUCAGCUUCAGCCAGUCCCUGCUGGAGUGGUGCCAGGAAGUCACUGCCGGCUACCGCGGUGUGCGCAUCACCAACUUCACCACGUCCUGGCGCAACGGUUUGGCCUUCUGUGCCAUCCUGCACCGAUUCUACCCAGACAAGAUAGACUUUGCCUCCCUUGACCCCCUGAACAUCAAACAGAACAACAAGCAGGCCUUCGAUGGCUUCGCGGCCCUGGGCGUGUCGCGGCUGCUGGAGCCGGCGGACAUGGUGCUGCUGUCGGUGCCCGACAAGCUGAUCGUCAUGACCUACCUGUGCCAGAUCCGCGCCUUCUGCACGGGGCAGGAGCUGCAGCUGGUGCAGCUGGAGGGCGGUGGCGGCGCGGGCACGUACCGCUUGGCCAGCGCCCAGCCGAGCCCGCCCGACGACCUGGACACCGGGGGCCUGGCGCAGCGGCUGCGUGAGCACCGGGCCGAGGCGCCCCAGCAGCCCCAGGAGGCCGCGACCCGCGUGGACGCGGCGGCCCCCGAGGCGGCCUCCAAGGACCGCGGGGCCGUAGCCGCCCAGGAGGCGCGCUCCGCCGAGGCCCCGGCCGACGGCCCCGGAGCCCGGGCGUCCGUGCCCCCAGCAGAGGGGCUGGUGAACGGCGUGGGGGCGCCGGGCGCCGCGGGCGGCGUGAGGCUGCGGCGGCCGUCGGUUAACGCGGAGGCCGGGCCGGUGCCCCCGCCCCGCGCGCACGGCUCCUUCUCGCACGUGCGCGACGCAGACCUGCUGAAGAAGAGGCGCUCGCGGCUCCGGAACAGCAGCUCCUUCUCCGGGGACGAGCCCGACUCCGGAGCGGCGGGAGCGGCGGCGGAAGGCACGAGCCCUGACCCCAGCCCUGCCCCUGGCCUUCCCGCAGCCUCAGCCCCACAGCAGCCCGCUGGUGGGACUCCUCCGGUGGAAGAACCGCCCCCAAGCCCAGGGGAGGAUGCUGGGCUGCAACGGUUCCAGGACACAAGUCAGUACGUGUGCGCGGAGCUUCAGGCCUUGGAACAGGAACAGAGGCAGAUAGAUGGGCGGGCAGCCGAGGUGGAGAAGCAGCUAAGGAGCCUCAUGGAGUCAGGUACCGACAGGCUGCAGGAGGAGGUACUGAUCCAGGAGUGGUUCACUCUGGUCAACAAGAAGAACGCUCUCAUCCGGAGGCAGGACCAGCUGCAGCUGCUCAUCGAAGAGCAGGACUUGGAGCGGAGAUUUGAGCUGCUGAGCCGGGAGCUACGGGCGAUGCUGGCCAUUGAAGACUGGCUGAAAACGGCUGCGCAGCAGCACCGAGAGCAACUCCUGCUGGAGGAGCUGGUGUCGCUGGUGAACCAGAGAGACGAGCUGGUCCGGAAUCUGGACCAGAAGGAGCGAACCGCCUUGGAGGAGGAUGAGCGCCUGGAGCGCGGCCUGGAGCAGCGGCGCCGCAAGCUGAGCCGGCAGCUGAGCCGGCGCGAACGCUGCGUGCUGAGCUGAGGCCGCGCGGGCCCAGAAGCCUUCGCCCCUCCCGGUCCGCAGUCUUUCUCGCCGCCGCGCCGGAUCGCCGCUUUGGCCCUGAGCUCGGGAGGACCGGACCCUCCCUGGUGCCGCGCGCAACCAGUAGGGGCCGCCGUGACCCUUUACCGGGAAAGGAAGCGCAGCCUUUCGGGCCCCGACGGACGAGGGCGGCUGGCUGGGCGGCCGCGCCGUCCGGGCCGUAUUUAUUAGUCCGUGUGAGUGAGUGUGCGUGUGUGUUCGUGGUGGACUGAGGGUCCCAACCGUGCCCACCCAGAGCCCGUACCCGAUGGCCGGACCCCGCUGGCGAGCUCCAGGGGUGGGAGGGACGGCUGGUGAACUGCCGCGCUCAACACCCCGCCCCCCUUCCUGUUCCUAGCGAGCAAUAAAGUUGGAAAAGGCCACGCCAA